AUGAGCCAGAAGGGUGCUCUUUCGAGCCGUGUGAUGAACAUGAAGUUCAUGAAGUUUGGUGCUAGUGCCAGUGCUGGUGCCAGUGCCAGUGCUGGUGCCAGUGCAGAGGGGACUAGCAGUACUGCGACAGAGGAUGGUGGUAGCACCGGCAGCAGCAGUGCAGAGAAUGCUGGACAGCAGCUGGCGCAGCAGCACCGUACCCAGGAACAGUUCACAGUGACGCUGCCCGCCGGAGUCAGUCGGCGCACGAAGAGUCUGCAGGUGAGGAGACGAAGGCCCGUGGUGCUCAGCAACGCAAGCUACACGGAUUUGAACAGGGGGAUGCUUAACAUGGAGGGCAGGACGACAUUUGGUGCUCCGCCGAAGAGGGCCCGGGAGGAGGACGAGGCAGGGCAGGGCUGGAAGGACGCUGAUGCAGAUGGGUACGAUCUAGACAAGAUAUUAAAGGAAACGGCGACUAGCAAAGACACUACCAAGAAGAGUAAGAAGACGAAACGGAAAGUAGAGGAAUAA